AUGAAGGUUGGACCAGAAGGAGGCUUGGCCGAGUUGGUCGUGGACCAGGCCGAAGGUCGGAAGGUUAUGUUUGCAAACCAUGGAUAUCGACGAAGAAGAAGAUAUGUCUUCUACUUCAAUGACAGUAGUGACAAGUACCACUUCAGAGAUGCAUUUUUCGCAGCGUUAAUCAGCGAGUGGACUGGAAAAGUGAUCAGAUACGGUAAAAAGAUGAAAGAGGCCAAAGUUGUCAUGGACAAUCUUCGUUGUAACAAUGGUUUGGCGCUAAACAAAGACCGGUCGUCAUUUUAA